AUGAGCGGGUCUAAUCAAUUUGAAAUUAGAAAUUUAUUAAGUCUAGAUGCUCCUAUACUAGGAAAUUUAUCUAUAUCUUUAACAAGCAUUGAAACAAUUUACGCAACAGUACACGGAAUUGUUGUAAACCAAAUAAAUGCAAAAAAUGGACAAGUAUACUUUCCAUUAAUGUACACAUUAUUUGUGUUCAUCUUAAUGAACAAUUUAAUAGGUUUAGUACCAUACAGUUUUGCUUCAACUAGUCAUUUCGCACUUACAUUCUCACUUAGUUUUACAAUAGUUUUAGAAUUCUUUUCUUUAUUUGUUCCAGCUGGAACACCUAUUGCUUUAUUACCUUUACUGGUUAUAAUUGAGUUUAUCUCAUACUUAGCGCGUAAUAUUUCAUUAGGUCUAAGAUUAGGUGCAAACAUACUAUCAGGUCACCUUCUUUUAACUAUAUUAAGUGGUUUCACUUACAAUAUUAUGACUAGUGGAUUUAUAUUCUUCUUUUUAGGAUUCUUCCCUAUAGCAUUUAUUGUAGCUUUCUCAGGGCUAGAAUUUGCAAUAGCAUUUAUCCAAGCACAAGUUUUCAUCAUUUUAUCAUGUUCUUACGUGAAAGAUGCAUUAGAAUUACACUAAUAAGUAAAACUUUGGCGCUUUGCGUCAAAAAAAAAA